GGGGCGCUGUGCAGGGCCAGGUAAAGGGGCCGCGGGGCCGCGGGAGGGACGCGCGAGGAUGUGUCCCGAAGUGCUUGACCUGUGAUACAGAGAUCUUCCAGAAUGCUGGAGUCCUAUGUAACUCCUAUUUUGAUGAGUUAUGUGAAUCGCUACAUAAAGAACUUGAAGCCUUCAGAUCUGCAGUUGUCACUCUGGGGAGGAGAUGUUGUGCUUAGUAAACUUGAAUUAAAGUUGGAUGUACUUGAACAGGAGCUGAAACUGCCAUUUACUUUUUUAAGUGGGCAUAUUCAUGAACUUCGGAUUCAUGUGCCAUGGACAAAAUUAGGAUCAGAACCAGUUGUCAUCACUAUCAAUACGAUGGAAUGCAUCUUGAAGUUAAAGGAUGGGGCUCAGCAGGAAGACCACGAAAGCUGUGGUUCCAGUUCAACAAACCGCAGUACCACAGAAAGCAUGAAAUCAGCAGUAAAAUCACGGCGAGUUCAACAGUCUGCUUCUCCUGACCCUGAUUUACCUCCAGGUUAUGUUCAGAGUUUGAUUAGGCGUGUUGUAAACAAUGUCAACAUCGUGAUUAACAAUCUCAUAUUAAAGUAUGUGGAGGAUGAUAUUGUUCUCUCAGUCAAUAUCACUUCUGCAGAAUGCUAUACAGUGGAUGAGUUUUGGGAUCGAGCAUUUAUGGACAUUUCUGCCACUGAUCUGAUACUGAGGAAGAUGAUCAACUUUUCUGACUGCACAGUAUGUCUUGAUAAGAGAAAUGCUAGUGGUAAAAUUGAAUUUUACCAGGAACCUCUGCUGUACAAAUGCUCCUUCAGGACUCGUCUGCAUUUUACUUAUGAUAACCUCAACUCCAAAAUGCCAUCAAUUAUUAAAGUUCACACUUUAGUUGAAAGUUUGAAACUUUCAAUCUCUGAUCAGCAGCUUCCGAUGUUUAUACGUAUAAUGCAGCUUGGGAUUGCUCUGUACUAUGGAGAAAUAGGCAGCUUCAAAGAUGGGGAAAGUGAAGAUUUGAUUUGCCACACUAAAGAUAUGUUGGGAAAUAUCACAGGCACAGAAGAUGAAGCAAGCUCAGUAAUGCAAUAUCCUACACAGUACAUUAGUCAAGAUCCUUAUUUGCAUCAAGAAGAUGACCAGCAACAAGGAUGGGUUUCUUGGGCUUGGUCUUUCUUUCCUGCUAUUGUGAGUUAUGAUGAUGAAGAGAAUGAUUCUGGUGGAAUUGAUGAUGGAACAGCAGAACAGCAGAAGUCUCAGUCCCUCAAGGAUCCUGUUAUUUCAGUUGGGUUUUACUGUACAAAGGCAACAGUGACUUUUAAGCUCACUGAAAUGCAAGCUGAAAGUAGUUAUUACAGCCCACAGAAAGUAAAAUCCAAAGAAGUUAUAUGCUGGGAACAAGAAGGAACAACAGUUGAGGUCCUUAUGAAAGGUGAACUUUUUUUUGAUUGCCAAAUUGGUUUUGUUGGUUGCCAAGCUAUGUGCCUUAAAGGAAUUAUGGGAAUUAAAGAUUUUGAAGAGAAUAUGAAUAGGAGUGAUGAAGAGGCAUGCUUCUUUAAUUGUGGAGAAAAUCUGAGCGUGAAAGGAAUGACUUAUCUUACCAAUUCACUAUUUGAUUACAGAAGUCCAGAAAAUAAUAGUAUUCGCGCAGAAUUUAUAUUGGAUGCAGCUCAUCAUAAGGAGACGUACACAGAGGUAGCUGGAAUGCAGAGGUUUGGGGCUUUCUACAUGGAUUACUUGUACACAAUGGAAAGCACCAGUGGCAAAGUUUCUGGGAAUCAGCAAGACCUUUCUUCAGUAAAGAGUGAAGAUUUUGGAAAUGUUCAGGAGAUGUCUACAAAGAGCCUCAUUGUGGGUCCACUCAAUCUUCGCUUGGAUAGCAGCGCAGUACACCGGAUCAUGAAAAUGAUAGUUUGUGCUCUGGAACAUGAGUAUGAGCCAUACAGCAGAACUAAGCCAGAUAUUAUGGAUGGAAGUAGAACUAUGCCAAGCUCAGAAGAAGUCGCAUCACUGGAGGAAUACAUUCCCACUAGACUUACAACAUUCACUGUUCUUAAAUGUACAAUUAUAAUCCCUGUGGCAGAAUUCAAUUUACUAGAUCAUUUGCUGCCCAUAAUCAUGGGUGAGAAGAACUUAAGUGGACUGUUAAAUGCCACAAGUUUCCAGCCCCUGCGGCCUCUACCUUCCAUCCGAAUUUUGGUGGAUAAGGUGAACCUGGAGCACUCGGUGCCCAUGUAUGCUGAGCAACUGGUGCAUGUGGUCAGCAGCCUCGGCCAGCCGUCCGACAACCUGCUUCAUUACUGUUACUCACACUGCUACCUGAAGAUAUUUGGUUUUCAAGCAGCAUUGACCUCUUUGGACAGUAAAGGAUUGUACUGCAUCCCUGUUCCAGUUAUCCCCUCAUUCAGUACCGCUGUUUACGGCAAGCUGAUCAAGUUCCCCAAAUACUGGACCAAGCGAGCUCAUGUCCCACUAACAGAAUGCAUUUUUGAGCUCCCUAAUUUGACACUUCAAGCAACUAGAGCUCAAACCCUUCUGCUUCAAACUAUUUAUCAGAGCUGGUGUCAUCCUGUUGGAAAUGUCAGUUCAGUGGUGGUAAAUGAAGCUUUACUGAAUGAGGUUUUCCAAACUUCAGGUGUGAAAUCUAAGAAUCCCCUGCCAACUCUUGAGGGCUCAAUCCAGAAUGUUGAAUUGAAGUACUGCGGCACAUCAUUGGUCAAAUGUGCCUCUGGGACCGUGGGAUCAAUAAAAAUUUGUGCCAAAGCCCCAGGUGAUGGUGGAAAAGAGAAACUGAUUCCUUUAAUUCAAGGCCCUUCUGACACCAGAGACUUACACAGCAGUAAAUGGCUCAAUGAGAGUAGAAAGCCAGAAUCUCUCUUAGCUCCAGAUUUGGUAGCCUUUACAAUCCAAAUUCCACAGUAUAUGGACUACUGCCAUAAUUCUGGUGCUGUCCUCUUGUCCAGUGUACAAGGAUUAGCAAUUAAUGUUGAUCCAGUCCUGUAUACGUGGCUUACCUACCAACCUCAGAAACGAGUUAGUAGACACAUUCAGCAGCAGUCUGUAGGAGCUGUUCCGCUUGGUGUGUCAGUAACUCGAAAGAAAGAGGAUGAAGCAUCAGUUGGAAGUGCACCUUUGGCAAGGCAGCAGUCAAAUCAAGCCUCUGAGUAUGCCAGCAGUCCUGUCAAAACAAAAACAGUAACAGAAUCUCGUCCUUUGUCACUCCCUGUGAAAACCGUGCUGAACUCAUCUGAAAGCUGCAGAAGUCCUGAGGAAAGAAUGAAAGAAUUUAUUGGAAUAGUGUGGAAUGCAGUUAAGUGCCUUACACUUCAGCUUGAAGUGCAGUCUUGUUGUGUAUUCCUUCCGAAUGACAGCCUGCCUUCUCCAAGUACUAUUGUGUCAGGUGACAUUCCCGGGACUGUGCGAAACUGGUACCAUGGGCAGGCCAGUAUGCCUGGCACACUUGUUGUCUGCUUGCCCCAGAUAAAAAUUAUGAGUGCUGGACACAAACACAUGGAACCUUUGCAAGAAAUCCCAUUUGUUGUCCUGAGACCCAUCCUGGAAGAAGGUGAUGCUUUUCCAUGGACAAUUAGUCUGCAUCAUUUCAGUAUAUAUACUCUUCUUGGACAACAAAUGACACUUAAUUUGGUAGAACCAAUGGGCUGUACUUCUACUUUAGCUGUGACUUCACAGAAACUGCUUCCUUCAGGGCCAGAAUCCAGACACUCGUUUGUUGUCUGCCUCCAUGUCGACCUUGAAUCCCUUGAAAUAAAAUGCUCCAACCCCCAGGUGCAGCUUCUGUAUGAACUGGCUGAGAUCACAAGUAAAGUUUGGAAUAAAAUUCAGAGGAAAGGAGUUCUAUAUCAAUCUGUAUCUUCUGUCUAUACUGAAACCAUGACAGGACCUGCUCCUCCUAGUUCUCCUGUUAAGAGUAGUGUUGGUACCAUUCCACCAGAUACCAGCACAUACAGCCCAUCUGCUGACAUUGGAACCACUACAGAGGGUGAUUCUCUUCAGGGUGGUGAUGAUUCCCCCUUCUCAGACUCCAUUACAUUGGAACAAACAACAAGUAAUAUCGGAGUCUCAAGUGGACGUGUCAGCCUUUGGAUGCAGUGGAUGUUGCCAAAAAUUACUGUAAAAUUGUUUGCUCCUGAUCCUAGAAAUAAUGGCACAGAAGUCUGUAUUGUCAGUGAAUUAGAGGAUCUCAGUGCCUCAGUGGAUAUGCAGGAUGUCUAUACCAAAAUCAAAUGUAAAAUAGAAAGCUUCAAUAUUGACCAUUACAGAAACAGCAACUUUUUUUGUUUAUUUUUUUCUUCUCUUCCUAUCUUCCUUGCCUUGUUCAUUACCUCAAGCCUUGGGGAAGAUUCUUGGUCUCUGGGGCAAUACGGAGGUGUGUUCCUUUCCUGUACUGACAAGCUGAACAGACGCACCUUGUUGGUUCGACCUAUCAGCAAGCAGGAUCCUUUCAGCAGCUUCUCUGGCUUCUUUCCCUCUACAACUGCAAAACUUUUAGAUGGUUCACACCAACAACAUGGAUUUCUUUCUCUCACUUACACCAAAGCCGUGACCAAAAAUGUCCGGCACAAACUGAUAUCAAGAAAUGAGCGAAGAACAUUCCAUAAGCUGUCAGAAGGUCACACUGAUGGUUCUCCUCAUUUUCUCCAUGAGAUCCUUCUUUCUGCUCAGGCCUUUGAUGUGGUCCUUUGUUUUCCUUUGCUGAAUGCAAUUGCAAGCAUUUUUCAAGCCAGAUUGCCAAGGAGUCAGAAGGAGAAAAGGAAGUCACCAGGCCAGCCAAUGAGGUCUCAUGCUCUGACGUCCCGCAAUUUGCCUCUGAUUUACAUCAACACGGGCGUAAUAAGAGUCUUCUUUCCCAAAAACGAGGAAGAUCAUCAUAUUGGAGAAGCUAAUCCAUCAAUUAAAGAAGACACUUUGGUUCUCAAGAUUGGAUCUGUCUCUAUGGCUCCUCAGGCUGACAACCCUCUUAGCAGAGCUGUGCUCAGAAAAGACAUUUAUCAAAGAGCACUAAAUCUAGGAAUUCUUCGAGACCCUGGAUCAGAGGUUGAGGACAGACAAUAUCAAAUAGAUCUUCAAUCUAUCAACAUCGGUACUGCUUAUUGGAAUCAGUUGAAACCAGAGAAGGAAAAUGGAAAAGGAGGGGUUUCGACAGAGACUGAGAGAAAUUCUCAAAAUCCAGCACUUGAAUGGAACAUGGCCAGUAGCAUAAGGCGGCACCAGGAAAGGAGAGCAAUUUUAACUCCAAUUUUAACAGAUUUCACUGUUCGAAUAACUGCAGCUCCUGCAAUUAUUUUUACAAAAAUUGAUGCUGCAGAGAAUUUACACCCAGAGGAAAUUUUGGUCUGUGGUCAUUCUUUGGAAGUAAAUAUGACAACGAAUUUGGAUUUCUUCCUCAAUGUGGCUCAAGUGCAACUUCUUCAGCAUCUGGUACAAGCUAAUAUGGUUGGACUGGAACCCUCCAGUAGCACCACGGAGGUUUCCAAGCAAGAGCAGAAGAAGAUGGAUGUGGCUGAUGGAGGAACAGUUGAGACUUCCUCCCGUUACAGCGGGGCACAGGACAGUGGAAUCGGCAGCGACAGCGUUAAGAUCAGGAUCAUUCAGAUCGAGCAGCACAGUGGCACCAGCCAGCACCGCAUUGCCCGCCCUUCCCGCCAGUCUUCCAUCGUGAAGAAUCUUAACUUCAUUCCCUUUGACAUUUUUGUUACAGCGAGUCGAAUCUCAUUGAUGACGUACUCAUGCACUGCCUCACCGAAAUCAAAAUCAGUGCAAGAUCAGAAAGAUGGUGAGAAGAUAAGUAAAAGCUCCUUGAACCUUCCAGAAGCAGUCUCAGGCAGCAGCCAUGAUCCCAAGAAGCCCAGUCAGCCAUGCAUCUCUUCUGUCACAGCAGAAGAUCUUCUGAACAGUAACCCUCCCCCGUCCGCUGGGAGAAAACCAGGUCUUUUGUCACUGGAAAGUCUGCACGCUUCCACAAGAUCAUCUGCUCGACAAGCCCUGGGCAUAACUAUUGUACGGCAGCCGGGGCGCAGGGGGACUGGUGAUGUAGAGCUGCAGCCAUUUCUCUACCUGGUUGUAUCACAGCCCUCUGUGCUCCUCAGCUGCCACCACAGAAAGCAAAAAGUAGAAAUUUCAGUGUUUGACGCUGGCCUUAAAGGAGUCGCCUCGGACUACAAGUGUACAGAUCCUGGGAAGACUCUGCCAGAAACUCUGGAUUAUUGCAAGAUUUGGCUGCAGACAGUAGCAGGAGAGGUAGAUGCUAAAAGUGGUAUUCCGCCUCCUCUUAUCACUGUGCAAAUUAAAGACUUCCUUAAUGGACCAGCUGACAUUAAUGUGGACAUAUCAAAACCUUUGAAAGCAAAUCUCAGUUUUGCCAGACUUGACCAAAUAAACCAGUUCUUGAAGAAAAUCGUAACCACAAAUGAAGAUAUGCCCAGGAAGGAGGCUGCUUCAUCAGCUGGCAUUAUUCCAGAUGAGGAUGUCACUUUGAUAUCCAGACACCCCAGUACAAAGGAAUUCCUACCAGCAGCGCACACCAACACUGUGCAAAAGGCUUCAGUGCAAGAAAACUUGUGGCAAGCCCUUUCCUUCUUCCAGAAAAUUUCCAUUCACACCGUUCAAAUGGUUGUUUUGAUGGAAACCAUCCCACACCCCAGUAAACCUUGUUUGUUAGUCUCUUUCUCAAACCUCAGUGGGAGCCUGAAUAUUAAAGGUGGACAUAAAGCUGCAGGAAUCCAUGGAUCAUCUUUAGCCCUUGACAUAAAAGAUUUCUUACUUAAAACAAGUCUCAAAGAAAGAGCCAAAUCUCUGAUAGGCCCUUUUUGCUGCUCUGUUAAUUUGGAAGCCAAGUGGUGUAAGCACAGUGGUGAUCCUGGCCCGGAGCAAUCUAUUCCAAAAAUCUACAUUGAUUUGAGAGGAGGACUGCUGCAGGUUUUCUGGGGUCAAGAGCAUUUGAACUGUUUAGUUCUUCUCCAGGAGCUUCUGUGGCAGUACCUGACUGAAAAGGGCAGUGUAGAGACAUUGAUACCUGAACGUACACACCCCACUUGUUUUUCUGCAGAAAGGAAUCAGGCCUCAAAAACUGAGCAUACCUCAGAUGAUCUGAGAACAGGCCUGUUCCAGUAUAUACAAGAUGCAGAAGCACAAAAGCUGCCCAGUGCCUAUGAAGUUGUGUUUUACAAUGAAACUGAGGACAGUCCAGGAAUGAUGCUGUGGAGAUACCCAGAACCCAGAGUGCUCACUCUUGUAAGAAUUAACCCUGUUCCUUUUAAUACCACUGAAGAUCCAGAUAUUAGCACUGCUGACCUUGGAGAUGUUCUUCAGAUUCCUUGCAGCUUGGAGUACUGGGAUGAGCUUCAGAAGUCAUUUGUUGCAUUCCGGGAGUUCAGUCUAUCAGAAAGCAAAGUCUGCGAGCUGCAGCUGCCCAGUAUCAGCCUUGUGAGUGAUCAGAAGGAGCUCAUAGCCUCUGACCUCUGGAGGAUUGUCCUCAACAGCAGCCAGAACGUGGCCGAUGACCAAAGCUCAGAAAGUGAAUCUGGCUCCCAAAGUGCAUGCGAUCAGCUUGUGACCCCCACGGCAUUAGCAGCUUGUACCAGGGUUGACUCCUGUUUCACUCCGUGGUUUGUGCCAUCACUAAGUGUGUUGAUCCAAUUUACCUGUUUGGAAGUCCACCUAUGCCAUCAUCUUGAUCAGCUCGGCACCGCACCACCAAAGUUUCUUCAGCCGUUUUUAUCUGAUAAGAACAUGCCAUCUGAACUAGAAUACAUGAUAGUUUCCUUUGAUGAGCCUCAUGUAUAUCUUCGUCAGUGGAACGAUGAGUCAGUGUUCCAGGAGAUCCAGUUUUCGACUCAGGCUGACUGUAAACUUCUGGAGUGUCGAAAUGUGACCAUGCAGAGGGUUGUGAAACCUUUCAAAAUCUGGGGACAGUUUGCUGUUUCCAGCAGCACAGCAGGAAGGCUGUUCGACUGCACGAUAAUGGUUGACCCUAUUUUCAUCAGCUUUGGCCAGUAUGCACUUCAUUCUCUAAAUACAGCAAUUCAAGCUUGGCAACAGAACCGAUGCCCUGAGGCAGAGGAGUUUGUCUUCAGCCAUUUCGUGAUCUGUAAUGACACCCAAGAGACGCUGAGGUUUGGCCAGGUGGAUACUGAUGAGAAUAUUUUGCUGGCUACUCUCCACAGUCACCAGUACAGCUGGCGCUCACACAAGUCCCCCCAGCUGUUACACAUCUGCAUCGAAGGCUGGGGAAACUGGCGGUGGUCUGAGCCAUUCAGUGUGGACAAUACAGGGACCUUUAUUCGCACCAUUCAGUACAAGGGCCGGACAGCAUCGCUUGUUAUCAAGGUUCAGCAGCUCAGUGGAGUGCAGAAGCAAAUCCUAAUCUGUGGAAGACAGACAGUCUGUAGUUACCUUUCUGAAAGUAUUGAACUGAAAGUGGUUCAGCAUUACAUUAGUCAAGAUGGACAGGCUGUUGUUAAAGAACACAUCAACUGCCUUGCAGCCAAGCAGAAAUUGCCUUCAUAUAUCCUAGAAAACAAUGAGCUCACUGAAUUGAGCGUGAAAUCUACAGGAGAUGAAGACUGGUCCCAAGAUGUAUGUCUAAGUUCUAAACACACAGAGCACAGCACUGUCAUUCAGGUACCGUCUUCAAAGAGUUCAAUUACAUAUGUGUGGUGCACAGUUUUGACUUUAGAGCCCAAUUCGCAUGUGCAACAGCGAUUAAUUGUUUUCAGCCCUCUUUUCAUUGUAAGGAGCCAUCUUCCAGACCCUAUUAUCAUACAUAUAGAGAAAAGAAGCCUGGGACUGAAUGAAACACAAGUGAUUCCAGGGAAAGGGCAAGAGAAAGCACUGCAAAAUAUAGAACCUGAUCUUACACACCACCUGACUUUUCAAGCCAGGGAAGAAGAUGAUCCAUCAGAAUGUGCAGUCCCUAUCUCAACCACUCUGAUUAAACAGAUAGCAACUAAAUCCCAUCCGGGUGGCAACGCCAGCCAAGUGCUCUCCGAGUUCUAUGGCACUGCUAGUCCUCCCCAGCCUGCAUGGCCUUAUAACAGGAAGGAUUCAGACAGCAGUGAACAGCUCUCCCAGUGGGAUAGUCCAAUGCGGGUAAAGCUGUCAGUGUGGAAACCAUGUGUUAAAACUGUGCUGAUUGAACUCCUGCCCUGGGCAUUGCUUAUCAAUCAAUCCAAGUGGGACCUCUGGCUGUUUGAAGGAGAGAAGAUUCUUCUUCAAGUACCUAGUGGGAAAGUAAUUAUACCCCCCAACUUUGAGGAAGCUUUUCAGGUUGGAAUAUACUGGGCAAACACUAAUACUGUACACAAAUCAGUGGCAAUUAAACUGGUUCAUAAUGUGACCUCCCCAAAAUGGAAGGAUGCUGAUAAUGGGGAAGUAGUAACGUUGGAUGAAGAAGGUUUUGUUGAAGCUGAAAUUAAACUUGGUGCUUUUCCAGGUCAUCAGAAGUUGUGUGAAUUCUGCAUUUCUUCCAUGGUUCGACAAGGUAUACAAAUUCUACAGAUAGAAGAUAAGACAACAAUAAUCAAUGAUACAUCAUAUCAAAUCUAUUACAGGCCACAGCUUUUUAUUUCCAAACCCGACUCAGAAGAAGAGGACUUCCGCUCACCCGACAGCACGGUGUUCAGCGUCGGCCCGGCCGGGGCAGGCUGCAGCGGGGCGCUGAGCGCCGUGCCCUGCUGGGCCCUGCUGUCGGAGCCGGCUCCCUCGGCGGCCGGGGCGACUCUCGGGGACAGGCGCGUGGUGCUGAGCUUCAGCGCCGGGAGCCGCGAGCUCUGGAGCCUGCCGGCCGUCGUCGGCGCCCAGGUGGCGAGGCAGAGCGUGGCGGUGCCCACGGGCGCGCCUGCCGAAGGUGGAUUCUGUACCAGAGCUAUAGCACUGACUUAUCAAGAGCAUCUUGGCGUGACGUACCUAACACUUACAGAAGAUCCUAGUCCUCGUAUAAUUAUCCACAAUAGGUGCUCCAUUCCAUUGCUUGUAAAAGAGAAUUUCAAAGAUACACCAAAGUUUGAAGUUUACUGUAGAAAGAUUCCAGCUGAAUGUUCGGUUCAUCAUGAACUUUACCAUCAAAUCUCCAGCUAUCCAGAUUGCAAAACAAGAGAUUUAUUGCCCAGUAUUCUCCUGAAAGCGGUGUCGUCAGAUGAAUUAGUAAAUGAAUGGAGUGAUUUUGUGGACAUCAACAACCAAGGAACACAAAUUGUGUUCUUAACUGGCUUUGGUUGUGUUUAUGUGGACAUCACCCAUCACUGUGGGACAUUAGUCAUAACCUUGGCCCCAGAAGGAAGAGCAGGACCCGUUGGUAUCAACCUCAACAGAACUCAAGAGCAGACCCUGUCACUGAAAAUGUUCAUCAGUCAGUUAAGUCUUGCUGCAUUUGAUGAUAUUACAAACCACAAAGUGUCGUCGGAACUCCUGCGUCUCACAGCAGACAAUGUUUUCCUCCACAUGACCCCAGGCACCGGCUCCCUGUCACAGGAAUUCCAGCAGGACUCUGUGGAAGGCCUCCCACAGUUUCAUAGUCUCCAAGUGUAUUGUGAAGACUUGCAACUGGACAAUCAGUUGUACAGCAAAUCCAAUUUCCAUUUUGCAGUCCUGCUGUGCCAAGAAGAGAAAAACGAAACCGCGCAGUGGUCAAGAAUGAACAAUCUCCUUGUUUGUAACAAAGAUUUGGAAAGCUAUAAGGAGAACUGCUUUAUAAAACUCUGUAUUGCUUUUUCUGAGGAAGAGAAUUUCACGUUUCAUGUGAAUGACCUCAGCUUUGAGCUCAAACCAGCUAGGCUGUACGUGGAAGACACUUUUGUUUACUACAUUAAGACUUUGUUCGAUACAUAUCUUCCAGAAAACAAAACUGCUUGUAAAUCCAUGAAUGCUUCAGAUACUACCCUGAUAGUGCCUGAACAAGUGAGAGAGCAUGCAAGAGCUUUAGUCAAGCCAGUGAAGCUAAGAAAAUUAAAAAUACAACCUGUUAAUCUCCUUGUCAGUAUUCAUGCUUCCUUGAAACUGUAUAUAGCCUCGGAUCACACGCCUCUCUCCUUCUCUGUGUUUGAGCGAGGACCCAUCUUCACCACAGCCAGGCAACUUGUCCAUGCCUUGGCCAUGCAUUACGCUGCUGGAGCACUUUUCAGAGCAGGCUGGGUUGUUGGAUCGUUGGAAAUUCUUGGAAGCCCGGCUAGUCUGGUGAGAAGCAUAGGGAACGGCAUCGCUGAUUUCUUUAGGCUCCCCUAUGAAGGGCUGACCAGAGGCCCAGGAGCAUUUGUCAGUGGAGUUUCCAGAGGAACGACAUCAUUUGUAAAACACAUUUCCAAAGGUACACUGACGUCAAUUACCAAUCUGGCAACAAGUCUUGCUCGGAAUAUGGAUAGGCUGUCACUGGAUGAGGAGCAUUACAACAGACAAGAAGAAUGGAGAAGGCAGCUUCCAGAGAGCCUGGGAGAAGGACUGAGACAAGGGCUCUCUCGUUUAGGCAUUAGCCUUCUAGGUGCAAUUGCUGGGAUUGUGGAUCAGCCGAUGCAGAAUUUUCAGCGAGUAUCUGAGGCCCAAGCUUCUGCUGGGCAUAAAGCCAGAGGGGUCAUCUCGGGUGUGGGGAAGGGGAUCAUGGGCGUCUUCACGAAGCCCAUUGGAGGGGCAGCUGAGCUCGUCUCCCAGACAGGUUACGGUAUUUUGCACGGAGCUGGACUUUCUCAGCUUCCCAAGCAGCGCUCUCAUCCAAAUGAUCAACAUGUUGAGCAGGCUCCAAACAGCCACGUCAAAUACGUCUGGAAAAUGCUGCAGUCUCUGGGAAGGCCAGAGGUUCAUAUGGCCUUAGAUGUCAUGAUUGUGAGUGGAUCAGGCCAGCAGCAUGAAGGCUGCCUGCUGCUCACCUCAGAGGUGCUCUUUGUCGUGAGCAUCAGUGAAGACACACAGCAGCAGGCGUUCCCUGUGACUGAAAUCGAUUGUCUGGAAGAUGAUCAGCAAAAAGAUCUGCUGAAGGUGCAGCUAAAACAACAGAGAGUGCCUUCUGACUUGGAGGCCGAGGGAGCCAGAGAGAGACUGUCAGAACAGCAGUACAACCGCCUCGUGGAGUACAUCACAAAGACAUCUUAUCACCUGGCUCCCAGCACCGCCACCGCGUCAGCCCCGCAAACCGUGGCUACUGAACAACCCCUGACUAUAACAAAAACAUAUCACUAUGUAGUUGAUCCAAAUUUCGCCCAAGUAUUCAUUAGCAAAUUCACCAUGGUGAAAAAUAAAGCCUUGAGGAAAGGAUUUAAUUAAUAGUUAUUUCUGGUUUGUGUAGUAACACCAUACCAGCUUGAAAGUGAUGCCUUCUCUGCAGUAACCUACAUCAAGUAGAGAUGCAUAUCAUUUUUGAGGAGGUAGAAAUUGAUAACAAAGCCCAGUAGCUUUUCUAAUCUCGGCAGCAUUCCUGCUCCCUCGCCAAAAUACUAGUGCUGGAAGGAAAGAGUUCUGGCAAACGAAUAAAGUGAGAAGGAACAGCCUUGGACUACAGCUUAAUCAAAAUCCUUUUUCUUUUCGAUAACCAAAAAUUAGAGAAUAAGGAAAAUUAUGUGCAUAUGGAGGUUUUUACCACCCACAGAAAUGUGUAUCAAUACCUCUAUAUCAUAUUUUAGGGUCUGCCAGUUUCUGUUAUAAAGCAGGUUUAUAACUCAGCUGUAAAAACUUGCUCAAGGCCGAGCAUUUCCCCCCACCCCCACACUCUCCCAACAUGUGCGUCCUGAGGCAAAACAUUUUCCCCCACUAAAUCUGAAAAACCCAGUGUGGCUGUUUUAAGUUACUAGUGACAGCUGGGUUUUAGCACCACUUUAACCUUAAAAUAGCUUCCUUUAUUUGACUGAAGUUUUGCAGGACAUUAGUCCAUAAUGUAAACUAGUGCCUUUGUGUGGUUUGGAGAACAAAACAUGAACUACAACAUGACUUUAUUUUUAAAACUGUCUGUAUACAGAAACUUUAUUUUAUCCACCAUCAAAUUUUCAGAAGUACUUUCAAUGUAUGUAUGACUGUGCAUUGUCUGUUCAUUAGCUGGAAGCCAGUAACAUGCAGUUCAAAAAUUUAAGAAACAGAGCCGUCUCCUUAAAGUCUUCAAGCUCAGUGUAACCCAGAUGUGCAGGUGCUAAGUACAGCUUGUGGGGUCUUGCUUACAUCUGAUCUGCCACCACUACAUUGUGUGUGCUCCCUUCAGCCCUAAUUUAUUUUAUGCUUAUCAUCUUCGAACUGAUAAAAACAGGGAUAUUUAGGAACAUGACCUUUCGAAUAUGUACUAAGCAAAGUGAGACUUUUUAAGACUGAAAACUAUAGACCCACAGCCACCAAUUACAUUAUUAGUUAAUGAUGCCAUCACAAUGCACUUACAAAUAUAUGUUAAACACCUGUAUUUAUUCUAGUAGACAAGAAAUCAGUCUCUGGGCAGAGUUAGAUGACUUUAUAAACCAAAUCUGGCUACAGCAGUUUCAUUUUAAAACCAAAAGCUUACUUGGUUUCCAACUAUGCAUGUUAAUUUUUCUGUCCUUUUCUAUAUGCUUACCAAAAUGAAUUUUGUCUGGAGAUUCCUGAACAUGGCUGGAAUUUGAGUCAAAAACUGGAAUAAAAUCUGAUCACCAUUUGGAGCAUAUGCUUUAUAGAUAAUAACGUCUAUGCAUACUUGAUAUGACCAAAUGCACAGUAAAUAAGAAUGUAGUAACUGCAAUGUUUUUCUCUUGAGUUCUGUUUUGUUAAAAGGUAUUUCUAAAAGCUGUGUCUCUCAUCUACUGAGAAUAAAGGAGGCUGGGGUCUGCAUUGUCCUUUUCUGACUGUGAAAUAAGCCCAUCCAUUAUCAACAUUUCAUACAAUGAUUUAAUAACUUAGUCAUUGUUUAAAUAACACUGUUUAAAAAUGUAUAUGUAUGUAAACAUGUGCUUCAUUCCUGAAUAUUUUAUGGAAGUCGUUUAAUAUUUCUAAUUUUGCAUAUUGAUGGAUAAAUUGUAAUAUAAUUAAAUUGUUUAAAGAUAAUAAAGCUAUUCCUGUAAUAUUU